AUGAUGACGCUGGUGAGAAGUGGAAUGCUGAGGUUCUUCUCACCUUCUCUCUCUCACCCUCACACCUUCUCAUUCUCUUCUUCUUCCCUCUCCAUUCCCAACCCACCAACACCCUCUCUCCCAAACCCUCUUUCCCGUUCAAUUUCAACCCACGCUUCCUUCCAAACGCAGCUUUUCAUCCCUCCGGGCAUUCAACCAGACGAGGUUGACGACUCCGCUGUCCUACCGGGCUCCAACAUCGCUGUCGGACCCUACGCCGGAGACUCCCGGAUUAAGGAGGUGGAGUUCGUCAAAAGCAGCAGUCGCGCCAAGGAUUGCCCCAGAGAUGACCGACCCGAAUUCGCCGUUCUCGGUCGAUCCAACGUCGGCAAGUCCUCCCUUAUCAACUCCCUCGUUCGCAAGAGAGAAAUUGCUCUCACUUCUAAAAAACCAGGGAAGACGCAGCUCAUUAAUCACUUCUUGGUGAACAAAAGCUGGUACCUUGUCGACUUGCCUGGUUAUGGCUUUGCUAAAGCAUCUGAAACUGCUAAAACGGAUUGGUCCUCGUUCACAAAAGGGUACUUUUUGAACAGAAAUACUCUGGUGGCUGUCUUGCUUCUUAUUGAUGCAAGUGUUCCACCUCAAAAGAUUGACUUGGAUUGUGCAAAUUGGCUUGGACGCAAUAAUAUACCAAUCACUUUUGUGUUCACAAAAUGUGACAAGAUGAAAGUGGCAAAGGGGAAACGGCCUGACGAGAACAUAAGAGAUUUUCAAGAGUUAAUCAAACAAAACUAUAAGCAACAUCCCCCAUGGAUUAUGACCAGCAGUGUCACUGGACUGGGCAGAGAUGAGCUCCUCUUGCAUAUUUCUCAGCUAAGAAACUACUGGGAUCAGUAG